UUAUUUUUAUUUUUUACAAAAUCUCAUCAUCAUCAACAACAACAUAUAUCAUCCAAACCCAAAAGAAAAAGAAGAAGAAAAAUACGAUUCCCCCAUCAACAAACCUUGCUGGCUACUACUGUUUUAAUGUACUAUCUUUAGCCCCUGCAUUUUGAUUCUCUCUCUCUCUCUCUCUCUCUCUCUCAGAUAUACACAAGAAUAGAACUAUAUUCAUCUUUUUCUCUUCUGGGUUUCAACCUGUCUAUUUCUUACUCUUGCCGCCUGGUUUUUCCACUAACAGGAGCUAGUUUUUCUAUUUUAUUUUCAUUCUAUGGGUGGUAAAAAUUAUUACACCCACUUAGCAUACAUUAUUCUUUUUCUGCUCGGUGUAUGUUGUAGGACCGGGUGUUUCUGAUUCGGGGUUCAGUGGAAACCCAGAUCUUUGUUAAGCUCUUGAAUCGCCUUCUUUCUUGGUUUUAUGAGUAUAAAAUUAACUGAAAAAGCUCCUCAUUAAAGUCUGUCUUCCUUCAGCUCAUUUGAUAAGCUCUUGAAACCAGGCGCUUUUCAGUGGUUUAUCAAAUAAUUCUUCUUUUCUUUUUUGGGAAACCCAUAUAAGUAUAUAUAAAUAUUUUCCCCCUCAAAGUUAGCGUCUGCUACUAUACACCACAGGAAAACUUGAUUACCACUAAAUGAAUCUAGCUACUGAUGCUUGUUGAGUCUAAAGUAGAGUAACUCCUCUUCAGCAGCUUCUCUCUUUCUCUUUCUUCUGCUCUACAUGCUUCCCAGCCUGUACAAAAUAAUAAGGUUGUGGUCUAGCUAGCAAGACUGUUUGUUUUGUGAUGUAGUUUGUUUUAUUGGAGGAAGAACCAUUAGCAAGAAGGGUUUGAUACAGUGGCCAUCUGGGUUAAUCGUUUUGGGGUUAGCUAAACAAAAGCUCUUUUUUGACAUUUUGGGAAUAUUCUACAAGAAAAUAUAAGAGGAUUUGUUUCCGGUUUUGAGGAAUGACUAAUCAAGGACUGGAGCAAGAAUCCUUUUGUCUGAUCUGAUUUGGUGGUUUCUUUACUGGUUUUUGAGCUUGAGAGGCAAUAGGUGAAAAUGGCUACAGGGGUUUUAAACCAAGAGAAAAUGCCAGAGAACCUGAGGAAACAGCUUGCUCUUGCUGUGAGGAGCAUCCAGUGGAGCUAUGCAAUUUUCUGGUCUAUUUCUGCUAGGCAACCAGGGGUCUUAGAGUGGGGCGAUGGAUACUACAAUGGAGAUAUCAAAACAAGGAAAACAAUUCAAGCUGUAGAACAAAAUGCUGAUCAAUUGGGUUUGCGGAGGAGUGAGCAACUAAGAGAGCUCUAUGACUUCCUCUCAGCUGGUGAGAAUGGCCAACAAGCUAGAAGACCUUCGGCAGCAUUGUCCCCCGAAGAUCUCAGUGACACCGAGUGGUAUUACUUGGUCUGUAUGUCAUUUGUAUUCAACAUUGGCCAAGGGUUGCCAGGACGAACGUUAACAAGUGGUCAACCUACAUGGCUUUGUAAUGCUCAUUUUGCAGAUAGUAAAAUGUUUAGUCGCUCUUUGCUAGCAAAGAGCGCUUCUAUUCAGACUGUGGUAUGCUUUCCAUUUUUGGGAGGUGUUGUUGAGUUGGGUGUAACUGAUCUGGUUAUGGAUGACCCUGAUCUCAUUCAGCAUGUUAAGAGUUCAAUCUUGGAGAUUCCUUGUUCCAUAGUCUCCAAUAAAUCCAACUCUGGAACAAGAAAUGCCAGAAAUGACAAUGAUAUUGCUCAUGCUGUGGUUAAGCCUCAGAUUCUUGAUGAUAAACUGAUUCCGGUUAUAGAAGGCGGUGAACUACAAAUGGCUUCUCCUGACAACAGUUCAGAUGGUUUUGAGGCUGGUCAACCCGGAGAAGAUUCACUAAUGAUUGAAAGGAUAAAUGGAGGAGCUUCUCAGGUACAAAGCUGGCAUCUCAUUGAGGAAGAGUUCAGUAACUGUGUUCAUCAUUCCCUGAAUUCAAGUGACUGUAUAUCUCAAACAUUUGUCGAGCCUGCAAAGGUUGUCUGUGUUUCCGGAAGUGAAAAAGAAAUUAGCCACUGUCUGCAAGACAUUCAAGAAUACAACCACACUAAACUAACCUCAUUGGCUCUUCGAGGUGAUGAUUUACACUACCAAGGUGUUCUUGCAGCUCUUUUAAAGACUUCCCACCAUUUGAUUUUAGGACCACUUUUUCGGAAUUCUGACCAGGAAUCUAGCUUUAUUAGCUGGAAACGAGGGCUGGUAAAGUCUCAGAGACCAAAGGAAGGAACCCCUCAAAGACUAUUGAAGAAGGUGCUGUUUGAAGUUCCUAGGAUGCAUGAAAAUGGACUAUUAGAACUUCCUGAAGACACAGGCAUUAAAGAUGGAGUUGGGAAAUCAGAGGCUGAUGAAAUUACAAACCAUGUAUUAUCAGAGAGGAGGCGAAGGGAAAAGCUAAAUGAAAAAUUUAUGACUCUAAGAUCCAUAAUUCCUUCAAUCAACAAGGUUGACAAAAUUUCUAUUCUAGACGACACUAUAGAGUAUCUGCAAGAGUUGGAGAGAAGGGUUGAAGAGUUGGAAUCUUGCAGACAGGCAACUGAAUUAGUUCCCAUAGUAAAGAGAAAAACACAGGACACUGUAGAGAGGAUAUCCGAUAACUACAUGAACAACAAAUGUGGUAAUGGAAGGAAGGUAUUUAUAAAUAAGAGGAAGGCUUGUGACAUUGAUAUAGGAGAGGAAGAGACUGACAAUGUUGUACAAAAGGAUGGCUCAAUUUCUAAUAUAACAGUCGGCAUACACGGAAAAGAGGUUCGAAUUGAACUGAAGUGUCCUUCGAGGGAGGGACUUUUGCUUGAGAUCAUGGAUAAAGCUAGCAGCCUCCACUUAGAUUCUCACUCUGUUAAAUCAUCCACCGUUAAUGGAAUUCUUUCCGUUACCAUCAAAUCGAAGUACAAGGGAUCAAAGUUUACAUCAGCAGGAAUGAUCAAACAAGAACUCGAAAAAAUUGCCUGGAAGUAUUGACUGCUCGGGUUUGAUUAUGACCAUUGAGCAUGGAAUUAUGUGUUUUGAAUUUUAAAAAUCAAUGCUUCAAUCAGUUGUAAUUCUUAGAUUAUGAAAGGAGUUGUGCAAAUUCAUGUUGUUAGAAUCACAAGGUAAUUUUUUUUUUU